CUGUAUGUUUGUGCGGAAUUCGCCUGCCUCAUAAAGUGAAACCGAAAGCGAUCACAUCAGCUGAAUAGACACCAUUUCGGAUGAUUUAAAAUCAACAAUGUCUUCAUAUGUUACGACCUGAAAUCAAGUUUUUUUUUUUGGAAGAAGAGAAACAGAAGAACAGCCUAUAAAAUGAGUGUGUAUGAGGAAAGAGAGGAGGAGACUCCUGUUGACUCUCAGAGAGCAGCAUCUCCAACAUUCAGCUGUGUGUCUAUGAAGAGCAACAGAUCCAUGUUGGAGCCCCCUUAUCUCAAAGAUGUUGAUGCUCAGAGAACAGCAUCUCCAGGAUUCAGAUGUUUGUCUAUGAAAAGCAACAUCUCCAUGUUGGAGCCCCCUUAUCUCAGAGAUGUUGACGCUCAGAGAACAGCAUCCCCAGGAUUCAGCUGUGUGUCUAUGAAGAACAACAUCUCCAUGUUGGAGCCCCCUUAUCUCAGAGAUGUUGACGCUCAGAGAACAGCAUCCCCAGGAUUCAGCUGUUUAUCUAUGAAAAGCAACAUCUCCAUGUUGGAGCCCCCUUAUCUCAGAGAUGUUGACGCUCAGAGAACAGCAUCCCCAGAAUUCAGCUGUGUGUCUAUGAAGAGCAACAUCUCCAUGUUGGAGCCCCCUUAUCUCAGAGAUGUUGACGCUCAGAGAACAGCAUCUCCAGGAUUCAGCUGUGUGUCUAUGAAGAGCAACAUCUCCAUGUUGGAGCCCCCUUAUCUCAGAGAUGUUGACGCUCAGAGAACAGCAUCUCCAGGAUUCAGCUGUGCGUCUAUGAAGAGCAACAUCUCCAUGUUGGAGCCCCCUUAUCUCAGUGAUGGACCAGCUGUUAUUUUUGACCCUUUUACCAUUAGCGGGAAGAGAAAGAGAGCAGCUUCUCCACUGCAGCCCCCUGAUCUCAAUGAUGGAUCAGAGCCCUUUGAUCCUGUUAGUGAGAGAGCUGACCAGAUCAGAUACGUGUCCUUUCAGACCUUCACAUCCCCUUACUAUCAGAACAACUUCAGUCAUCAUGACACAGAAGCAGAUCUGCAGCUCGAUUCUCACCAACCAGUGCAUGAUGAUCUGCAGAGAGUCAAAGACCAGCACAAAACCAGCAUGAAGAACAAGUAUGAGAGCUUGUUUGAAGGAAUCAAACUACAAGAGAAUCAAACCCUCCUGAACAGGAUUUACACACAGCUGUACAUCAUAGAGGGAGAGAGUGAAGGAGUGAAUGAAGAACAUGAGGUGCUGCAGAUGGAGAAAAGUUACAGGACACUCCAAGACACUCCAAUCAACUGCAAUGACAUCUUUAAUCCUUUACCUGAACCAGGAUAUGAUGAGAUGAGAAGAGCGACGAAAGACAAAUUAAAGACUGCUCUUACUAAAGGCAUCGCUGGAAUUGGAAAAACCGUCUCUGUGCAGAAGUUCAUUCUGGACUGGGCAGAGGGAAAAGCCAAUCAGGAUGUAGAUUUCAUGUUUGUGCUUACAUUUCGAGAGCUGAACUUGAUUAAAGAUUAUCAAUACAGUCUGCACAGACUUCUGCUUGACUUUCAUCCUGAACUUCAAGAUCUGGACUCAAAGGUUUAUGAUGAAUGUAAAGUUGUGUUCAUCUUUGACGGUCUGGAUGAAAGCAGAAUUAAACUGACAUUUUCAGACAUUCAGAAAGUUUCUGAUGUGACUGAGAUUUCAUCAGUGGGUGUGUUGAUGUCAAACCUCAUGAAAGGAGAUCUGCUUCCCUCUGCUCUCAUCUGGAUCACCACCAGACCAGCAGCAGCCAAUCAGAUCCCCUCUAAAUACAUCAACCGUGUGACAGAAAUUCAGGGAUUCAAUGACCCUCAGAAGGAGGAAUAUUUCAGGAAGAGAAUCAGUGAUGAGAAUCAAGCCAACAGAAUCAUCUCACACAUCAGAAGAGCAAGAAGCCUCCACAUCAUGUGUCACAUACCCGUCUUCUGCUGGAUCUCAGCCACUGUGCUUCAAAACAUACUGAAACAAGAUCUUGGUGCAGAAAUUCCUCAAACUCUGACUGAAAUGUACAUCUACUUCCUCCUCAUUCAAACAAAUAUGAGGAAUCAGAAAUAUGAAGAGAGAGAUCCAGAGAAACUCCUGCAGUCCAACAGAGAAGUGAUUGUGAAACUUGCUGAACUGGCUUUCAAUCAGCUGAUGAAGGGGAAUGUGAUGUUUUAUGAGGAGGACCUGAGAGAGAGUGGCAUAGAUGUCACUGACGCCUCAGUGUAUUCUGGGAUUUGCACUGAGAUCUUUAGAGAAGAAUCUGUGAUUUAUCACAGGAAGGUUUACAGCUUUGUACAUCUGAGCUUUCAGGAGUUUUUUGCAGCACUGUAUGUGUUUUACUGCUAUUUACACAAGAGCAGUGAGAUUCUGAAAAUGUUCCUGACAGGAAAGUCCAAAAAUCAGUGUGAGACUGUUACUCUGGAUGUGUUUCUAAAGGAAGCAAUGAAUAAAGCCUUGAACAGUGAAAAUGGACACCUGGAUCUGUUCCUUCGAUUCCUUCAUGGCAUCUCACUGGAGUCCAAUCAGAGACUGUUACAGAAUGUACUGAUACACACAGAGAACAACCCAGAGAGCAUCAAAAAAAUUAUUCAAAACCUCAAACGAGGUCAAAAAAAUGAUGUCAGUCCUGAAAGAUGGAUGAAUCUGUCACACUGCUUGAUUGAGAUGAAGGAUAAUUCUAUUGUUCAAGAAGUGCAGGUGCUUUUAAAGUCUAAAGCAAAAAGUAAAAGUCUUUCUCUUGCACAAUGCUCAACUUUGGCAAACAUGUUCCUGAUGUCAGAGGAGGUGCUGGAUGAGUUAGACCUUAAUAAGUACAACAUCAAAUCAAAAGAUGGCAGAAGGAGACUGGUACCUGCUGUGAGGAACUGCAGAAAAGCUGUAUUAACAGGGUGUAAUCUCACUGAUCAGCACUGUGAAAUUGUGGCUUCAGCUCUGCAAUUAUCAAAUUCCCCACUGAGAGAGCUGGACCUGAGUAACAAUGACCUAAAGGAUUCAGGAGUAAAGCUACUCUGUGUUGGACUGAAGAGCCCAAACUGUCAACUCAACAUACUGAGAUUAUCUGGCUGUAUGGUGACAGCAGAAGGUUGUGCUGCUCUGGCAUCAGCUCUGAGUUCAAACCCCUCACACCUGAGAGAGCUUGAUCUGAGCUACAAUCACCCAGGAGAAUCAGGAGUGAAGAUGCUAUCUGAUACACUUAAACAUCUGGACAAACUCAAGUAAGUUGAGCAGAAACAAUCAUCCUCUCGUCUUUGAUUUUUAGAGCAUAAAGCAAUAAGCAAUAAUAAUAACAAAAAAUAACAGCUAAGUGGUGUUGUUAGGCAUGAUGUGGAACGGUGUGCCUAAAACCCCCUUAGCUGUUAUAAUCAUUAUAAUCAUCAUAUUAUCAGCCUAAACCACAGCUUCAUGGGGCUUGUCACUAUUAUAAAACGGUUAUUCCAUAUAAAAUAAAAAGAAAAGAGGAGUUUCCGAUUUUAUACAGGUGUGCUUUAUUUGUGUGGUGCCAGACGCAAGUAUGUUGCUCCAGCAUCUUCUCUCGCUGUAGUUUGGGUGCCAGUUGUUGAGAUAGGAAUUAGAUGGCGGUAUGUGAAUAUAUGUAUAUGUGAGAGACAGUAGCAGGAGACAAAGACUAAAAUAUGCUGUGAAGUUGGAGCGACCAGCUGGCAGAGGAUUCCGCUUGGGCUUAAAGCCUAUGUUUGCAAAUAGACAAUGACAUGUCCAAAAAGAAUGAUUAAUUCUCAGAAUUUUAUCCAUUUGGUCUAGGUGCUCAUAAGGCAUAUGCCUUAAAUACGAGACAAAAUGCGUUCUGUAUGGCUUUCAUAUGGAAACUUCUUGGACGAUAUGCCCAGAAUUUAUCACAUUCUAUUUCUUAAUUUUGAUCAAUAUGAUAUAAUUCUGAUAUCGAUAGAACAAUAUUUUAAAAAGCCUCAGAAAAACUGCCAAGCUGUAACUGUUAGCUUAGCUGUAUAUCUUCCAAGUUCAUGCUUAGCUCACUCAAUAAAUCAAAUUUCACAACAAAAUCUGACAUUUUGAAACAGUUUCUUUGGCUCAGUAAUACGGAUAGUGGAACGGUUGACAGAAUAUGUGUGGAUUACCCUGCUUAUACUAUAAAUUGUGUGCGUAUGUGUGUGCACCACCCCUUGUCUAAAUUGAAAUUUUAUGUAUUUUAAUUGCAUUUUUUCCAUUUUUUCCAUUCAUUUGGAUUAGAUAGGUUUAACAUAACAACAUAAUUUUAAUGUGAUUCAUAUGCGUCAAUCCAGAGGUGGGACCAAGUCAUUGUUUUGCAAGUCACAAGUAAGUCUCGAGACUUUGCAUUCAAGUCUCGAGUCAAGUCCUGAGUCAAGACAGACAAGUCCAAGUCGAGUUGCAAGUCCUUCGCUUUAAGCAUCAAGUUGUAAACAAGUCACGUUUGCCCAAAUUAGUAUCUCUGUAUUAAUUACUACAGUAAAUUUAAUGUAUAUAAUGGUCUAUAUUAAGUAUUAAUUAUAAAGAUAUAAUAGUGGUGUUUCAUUUAGGAAUGAAUCAUUGUUUGUGAAAAAAUAUGAAUGAAUAAUUUAUUUUAAGUCCCCUCUUUUAUUUGUUAAUGAUUCAGUGAUUUUAAUGAAUCAAUUGAGUCAAUUAUUUAACAACUUGCUAAUACAUAGUACAGAUGCUCAUUUAUUGCCACCUACUGACGUAACAUUAGGUCUACAGAAAAAGACAUAGCUUUAUUGACAUGAUUGACGGGUAUCAUUUAUAAUAUUUACAAAAUAAUAUAUAAGAAUAGUUAUAAUCAGUGGUGUAGUGGAGGGUAUACGCAAGUAGAGUAUAUGACGUAUACCCACUUCUUUAUCAGUAGGCUUUGCAUAGACCUAUACCCACUUAAAACCCGUCUGAUGCUCAUCAUUCAGUAGUGUCCUGCAUUAGUCAAAAUCAUGACAGUCCACCACAUCCUGUGAAUAAAUGCAAAUAUUCACUAAAAACACCCAGUAAGGACAGUGAUGAUGCGGCCAGGACUGUGGCGCUGGCUUGCUUUGAAAUAUGUUUGAUGAUUGCGCCUGAUGUGGCUUCGGCUGUGCCCGCUCAGUCUCCGCACCACAGAUGCUGCCUGUUCAUACCCGAGAUGGGCGUCAUGGCGUCGCAUGGGCCAUUUUUAGGGGGGGCCACAGCCCUAGUAAAAUUUUGCGAUUAGCUCCAUAAACUGUACACAAAUUUGCAUCAGUUCCGUUUAAUUUUCAUUUGAAAAUUGCGGCAGACUUCGAUCAGCUCCUCCCUGUUUUUCAACGUGUUCUUCAAUCCGCAGACUGUGGUGGCACAGAGUGAGAAACAGAGGUGUGUGUUUAUCAAUAGAUUGUUAUAAUAUCUGCAUCUGUGCAGUUUUAAUGGGAGAGCAAUCGAUUCCCUCAUUUAUGGUUUUCGCUGCGUUUACCCUCAUCACACUACAGCUGUUUCCUCGAGUGAAAAUUAAGCACAUAUAAAUGCAUGCUUUAUAAAAUGAUCAUGUUGCCAUUUGAAUUUGAAAAUGUAACUUUCAAUAUAAUACAUAUUCCAGUGCAUGUGGCAAAGAGGUUUGCAUACUUGAGCUAAGGAAAGAGAGUUGUAGAAAUGCAGACAGAAAAAUUUAGCAAAACAGUUGUCUGUGUGAGAUCAGUAAGACCUGUAGGCUUAUUCAGUACUCAAAUGUUAUACCUGUCUAUACAGUAGAGUGGAAUACUGCAAUAGGUGUAGUGUACCACCCCUAUUAUUCAAACAUUUUUUUAUUUUAUUUAUAUAUUUAUUAUUAUUAUUUUAUUAUUAUAUCCUCAUUGGGGGAUGGCCCUCUAAAAUGAAAAUCCUGGAAUCGCCCCUGCGCGAAACUAUGUCGCACAGCACGCAGAGUGGUAAAAAUAAUAAUUAUUAUUGAUUAUUGAUUUGAAUCAGUACAUUAUAAUGAAAACAAUACUUUUCAAGUAAAAAGAGGCAGUUUUUUAUGAUCAGAAAUUUCUGAAACCGGUGAACCCCUGUAAACUUUUCAUUCCAAGGAUCCAGUAAACUAAUGCAUUUAUUAGUUCUAUGUUAUUUUAUGUUCUUAUAUAGGCUAUUUCUUCAACAACUAUUCAUAAUAACAUAUUAUUCAAAUUUCAUGCUGUCACGGAGAUGAUUAAUCGCAAUAUCAGUUAUAAUCUAUUUUAGUCUUUGUUAUUCUUAAUUCAAAAUAAAAAUGUAUUAUUGUAAUAAUUUUAAGGGAUGAGUUAAUAUCUUGAGUUGACAAGUUAAAAGUCUGUGGCCCACAAGUAGCCAAACCGAACAUGUCUGGCACCACACCGUUCAUGGUUUAAGAAAUGAGGCAUGCAAAAUUAUUAACGGUAAAGCUGUAGCUGUUCAGAUAAACAAAUAUAUGUAAGUAAAUGUAUUUUGUGUUUUAAACAAGUUCAUAAUGAUCACAGUUGAUGGCUUGGUUUAGGAGCUAUAUGUGUGAUGUAGUAACCUGUCGGAUAUACAACAUGCUUUCAUCUAUUUCUUCUGAAAGACAUAAAAGUGAGUGGCUGGUAAACAGGAAGAAUAGAGUGAACUUUAUAUGUAGGCUACAUACAAGCUUUCAACAUGAAAAAAAAAGGAAAGGUUUAGCCUAUUAUUAGGUUACUGCUGUUUCAAUAUGCUGUACAUCAGUGUUUAUUCUUCAUCCUCUUAUUAUUAUUAUAAGUGGUUUAUAGUGAUUAUGUGCAUUUUAAAUGUCUAAAACAUUAAAUAUCCUAAAUAUUAUGUGGAUGAAAACACUAAGAAUCGCUCACUUAUAGUGUCUUUGGCUCAGUCCCAAAAGCUGUGCUAAUCAUACCAGUGUUAUCAUACGCUUCAGUAAUCAGCCUACUGGUAAUAAUCAUUUUAAAUUUUUAUUAUUAAAUAUAAGGCAAGCCAUAAAGCAGGGGUGCCCAACCCUGUUCCUGGAGAUCGACUUUCCUGCAGAGUUUAGUUCCAACCCUAAUCAAACACACCUGUCUGUAAUUAUCAAGUGCUCCUUAAGAUCCUAAUUAGCUGGUUCAGGUGUGUUUGGUCAGGGUUAAAGCUGAACUCUGCAGGAAAGUCUAUCUCCAGGACCAGGGUUGAGCACCCCUGCCAUAAAGACUUCCGAGUCACAGGGCUCAAGUCCAAGUCAAGUCUCAAGUCAUUGUUGUCUAAGUCGGGUCGCAAGUCUUCCUUAAUUAUGUCAAGUCAAGUCGCAAGUCCUCAAAUUUGCGACUCGAGUCGAGUCUCGAGUCAUGUGACUUGAGUCCACAUCUCUGCAUCAAUCAUACAUAAAUGAACCAGCUAAAAUUUUUGUAAUAGUUCACAGCAGAGUCCCCAGUGUUAAAUAAACACUGAUUAGUGAUCAUGUGUUUCCACACUACAGAGUGUUAAAGUAGCAUUG